AUGUCCAUCUCAAAUGAGAGUGCAAUAACAGAAUUCAUUCUCCUGGGGCUCACAGAUCUCCCUGAACUCCAACCUCUCCCCUUUGUGCUGUUUCUGGUUGUGUACCUUGUGACUCUCUUAGGCAACCUGGGCAUGAUGUUAUCAAUAAUACUGGACUCUCACCUUCACACGCCCAUGUUCUUCUUUCUCACUAAUUUAGCCUUUGUAGACUUGAGCUAUACCUCAAACGCAACUCCUCAGAUGUUGACUAAUUUCUUAUCAGAGAAGAAGACCAUCACCUUCACUGGCUGCUUUACACAGUGUUGCAUAGUCAUCACGCUUCUCCUCACUGAGAUUUAGAUGCUGGCAGCAAUGACCUAUAACCGGUACGUGGCAAUAUGCAACCCUCUGCGCUACAGUGUGAAAAUGUCCAGGCGUGUCUGCAUCUGCUUGGCCACAUUUCCUUAUGUCUCUGGCUUCUCAGAUGGACUGUUCCAGGCCAUCCUGACCUUCCGCUUGACCUUCUGUAGAUCCAGUGUCAUCAACCACUUCUAUUGUGCUGACCCACCACUCAUUAAGCUUUCUUGCUCUGAUACUUAUGUCAAAGAGCAUGCCAUGCUCAUACCAGCUGGCUUCACCCUCUCCAUCUCCCUCACCAUCAUCCUGGUGUCUUAUGUCUUCGUUAUCAGUGCCAUUCUCCAAAUCAAAUCAGCAGAGGGAAGGCACAAGGUAUUCUCUACCUGUUGUUCCCACAUGAUGGCUGCUACUCUAUUUUAUGGGAUGCUCCUCUGUAUGUAUGUAAGACCACCAAUAGGUAAGCCUAUUGAGGAAUCCAGAAUAACAGCUGUCUUCUACACUUUUGUAAAUCCAGUGCUUAAUCCAUUCAUCUACAGUCUGUGGAACAAAUAUGUAAAGCAGACCUUGAAAAAUGUCCUCAGAUGA